AUGGCAAUCAGACCAAUUACUGGAAUGCUCCGACGGGGCCUCGUCCUUGACCUCAGCGUUGCCGGCGGCCUCGGAAUGUCAUUCGGAUACCUCUUCUGGUACGGAUACCACGUACCCGCAGUCAACAAACGGGAUCGAUACUACAGCAAAUUGGAGGACCAGAGAGCGGCAAACGCGGCAGCAUAG